AUGUCACAACACAUCUUCGCUCCUGCUCCUCAGCGGCGCACCAAAGUCGGUGAUGGCGCAGACUCGGCAGCUCAGCUGGUCGAUGAAAACCAGAGGAUGGCGGAGGAGAAGAGGAAGGCCAAGCUGCUGGAGAGGCUGCAAGAGCGGGAGGAAACGCUGAAGCACAUGCAGAACUAUGAUCUUGGGGCAGCAGACACCAAGGAGAACCAAGACCUGGCUCAUCUGAUUCAGAGGCAGCAGGAGCAAGUGCGAGAGGGAAAGAAUGCCAUCGGCGUGUCUGCUGAAUCCUCCGGGGCAGCGAGGAGGAUGCAGAUGUUGGUCGGUAUGACGGGAGGAAUCAAGGUUGCGCUGGUUACCAGAACGGAUACCAAGGGGGACGGUGAAGUCCCCAAGUUCGGAGCUAUCGUCAGCAACAUGGGCACUCAGGCACACAAAGAGCGCCUGAAGAACUCCUUAUUCGGAGGAGGAGGAGGAGGAGGAGGAGGAGGAGGAGGAGGAAGAGACUUUCUUGCCCCGUCCUCGUUCGCAGCAGCGCCGAGCGAGCGGGAGAUGCGGCUUAGAGCGAGGAAGGAGGAGCAAAUGAUGCGGUCAAAUGCGCCGGAAGAGGCCCCGCGCCAGAAUAUUUUUGCCCAGCAGGAGCAGGAGACGCGGGGGAGGGAGGUUCCAGCUGCUUCCCAGCUGUCGAGGAGAGAGCAGAUCUUCGAAGAGAAGAGAAGGAGGCACUUGGAGCAGAGAGGAAGGGAAGGGGGCAGGGGAGAGGCCGCGGUGGAGGAUACUAGGUCGUUCCUCCUCCUGGGCAAAGAGGUUCUAACUGGGCAAGGAAGAAGCAGGAAUGGGGCGAUGGAGGGAGGAGAGCGGAGGAGGCUGUCGAACGAAGAUGCGCCGAGUGAGAGACUGGACAUGUUCGGGGGGAGAACAAGAUCGAGCCCGUGGCUAGCCGUCGAGCCUUCCAGGCUGAGCAGCAGAGCGAGCAGCGCGGUCAGGGGGGGAGCAGACGAGAUCAAGUGUGGGAGGAGAAGAGGAGGAGAGCGAUGGACAGGUCCUGCUGCUGCCUCGCAUGCGCUGGAGAGCUACGUCGGGGGCGAAGAAGAGCAUGUGGGAGGAUAUGGCGAAGCCGCCCAAGUUCGCGGUGGAGGAUGCGAGAGGGGGGGACGAGACCAGUCAACGGGUCCAGGUGGUAGGUGGGAGCGAGCUGGACAGGAGGUGACGGAGGAACAGGAGCUGGCAGGGAGGAAUCGAGAUGGAACAGGAGAGCUUGACAUGCUCGACCAGGCUUACGAUCAAAAAUCUCGAAAGUUUCCGUUGCACACCAGACACGCGUCGGUGCCAAGUAUCCCCGAGGAGGAGCCGAUGACCAGACAGAAUUUCAACGAGGAGGACGCGAGGGAUCGAAGGAAACAGGAGUACGCCAUGGAACUGCAGGCGCAGAUGCAGGCUCUGGCGCAGGAGGCAGAGGAGCAGCAGAGGAAGAAGGCUGCGUACGCCGAAGAACUAAGGAUGCAGAUGCAGAGUAAGUCAGCAAUAAGGAGCCAGGCCAUGGCGCGAGAGGCGCCGCUGGAGUUUGCGCUUCCGUCACAGCGCCCCCCCGAUAACCUGGCAGAAUUGAUGAGGCAGAUCGAGGAGAAGAAACGACUCAAAGAAAAACAGGCAGCAGAGGAGGCGGAGAGGGAGAGGAGAGACAAUGAAAGGAUAGAACGACAGAGAGCCGAGCUCGCAGCGCAGGCGAGGCGAGACGAGAUGAAGCGGCAGAUGAAGGAGGCAAACGCUGCCAACGCCGGGUUGUCAAGGACGCCUGUCAGCAGGACCCCAGCUGGGGAUGAAGGAGGAGGAGAUAGAUUUUUUCCCUCUGGCGUGGAGGAGAGCAGGAGGUCCUGGGAGGAACAGGAUCCAGGGAGCAAGCAGCGAACGCCUCUUUUCGGAAGGAGGGCAGAGAAAAAGGCUCUACAGCCUGUCGCUGUCCUGGAGUCGAUGGAGGAGGUGCCGACAGCUCAGUCGGGGAGGAGAGGAGGGGGAGAAGGAGAGCAGGCGGCAGGCGGAGCGAUCCUGGAGCUCAAGGAGGAACUGGUGAAAGAGCAGAAGCGACUGCAGGAACUUGUGCAGCAGCAGCAGCAGCAGCUUGCUUCACUCCAGCAGCACUUGAGCUCACAACCGACGAGCGAGGGCAGCGGAAGCGAGAGGAAAGCUUCACUGAAGGAGGCGCGGGAGGAAGCAGAGGAGGAGGCGGAGCAGGAGGAGUGGCACGGCGGAAUUCCUUUCAUCAUGUCAGGAGACCUCAAGUACCUCCACGGGGUUGACCUACCCCAGCUCACCCCCCACCAGGGAGACAAGUCCCCAGCUGGAGGAGAGCAGGAGGAGCGGAGGUCGUCACCUCCUAUCUUCUUCGACGAUGGGAAGCAGCAGCGGCGCUGGCACGACCCGGACGUGCUGGACGAGGAGCUCGAGAGCAGGGGGAGGGAGCGAGGAGCUGGGAAGAGGGCGGAAGCUGAGAGGCUGGAGGAGGAGGACCACUUCCCCUUCCAGCUGGGGUCGGAGGAGGAGAGCUUUAAGAUCGCCCCAGCUCUACUGCAGCACGCGAGAGGUGGAGGGGACUUCCUCGAGAAGUCCCUGGCAUCCGCCAGCGCUUUCGUGUCGGCCGACAUGAAGAUCGCUGGGCCCUGCAGACUCGAGCUUCAAGAUGUCAGCUCGGCCCCAGCAGGAGCGAUCGGGCCUGUUCUCACCUGCCGAUGGGUGGAGGAGGAGCCCGCUGAUGGCGAGGACUCGACCGUCCUCGUCCUCGUCCUCGUCCUCCGGGCUGGUGACUCCAGGGAUGAAGAAUUACAUCCCAGGUGA